AUGGCCUUUGACAAAGUCCGCCAGUACUUGAAUGUGCAGUAUCAGCCAGGGGAGAAGAAGCUGGUUUCCAAGAUUGACUUCUUCAUCUUGACCUUUUGCUGCUUGAGUUACCUGGUCAACUAUCUUGAUCGCACCAAUCUGAACAAUGCAUACGUCUCCGGGAUGAAGGAGGAGCUGGGCUUCGUGGGGAACCAGCUCAACGAGAUUAACACGUGCUUCACCGUGGGCUAUGUGAUCGGACAAAUCCCCUCCAACCUGUCCCUCCACUACGUCAAACCGAGAAUCUGGUUCCCCCUCAUGAUGAUCAUCUGGGGCGGCCUCACAAUGUGCACAGCCAGCGUCCACAGCCCCCAGUCCAUCAUGGCCAUCCGCUUCUUCCAGGGCAUCGCCGAGGCCUCGACCUUUGUCGGCACGCACUACAUCCUCGGCGCCUGGUACACGGAGCGCGAGCUCGGCAAGCGCAGCGGCAUCUUCACGGCCUCGGGCCUGGCCGGCACCUUUUUCGGCGGCUUCAUCCAGACGGGCAUCCACAGCAGCAUGAACGGCCUGCACGGCCUCAGCGGCUGGCGCUGGCUCUUCAUCAUUGACGGCCUCAUGACCGUCCCCGUCGCCCUCUACGGCUUCGCCUGCUUCCCCGACACGCCGCACACGACGACGGCCUUUUACUUCACCGAGGAGGAAAAGGCCCUCGCCCGGUCCCGCGUGCCCGAGGUCCAGGAGCGCUCGCCGCUGACGUUCCGCUUCGCCAAAAAGGUCCUGACGUCGUGGUACUGGUGGGGCUUCGUCAUGCUCUGGGUCAUUGCCGGCGAGACCGAGUCCUUUAGCACGAAUUCCCUGCUGGGCCUGUACAUGAAGAGCCACCCGACGCACAAGUACACCGUCGCCCAGCUCAACAACUACCCGACGGGCGUGCCCGCCGUCGGCAUCGUCUCGACGCUCUUCUGGGCGACCCUGACGGACUUUUUGGGCGGGAAGCGGUACCUCGUCGCCUACUUUAUCGGCAUCACGGGCAUCGCGACGUCGGCCAUGGUCCUCGUCGCGGCGCGGGACCCGACGAGCGCCGGGUCCACGGCUGUCGUGUUUGGCGCGUAUUACUGGGCCGGUGCCGUGUAUGCGUGCCAGGCCACGUUUUUCGCGUGGUGCAACGAUACGAUGCGGUACGAGGAGGGCGUGUUCCGCGGCGUCGUUCUCGCGGGUAUGAAUUUGGGGAGCAAUGCUGUCAACGCGUGGUGGAGCAUCAUCUUUUAUGGCGCGUCCAUGGCGCCGUGGUUUACGAGGGGUAUGUGGGCCAUGAUCGCCAGCUCCAUUGCCUUGAUUAUUUGGACCAGCGGGCUCACUCUGCUCACGCACAAGGAGGAGAAGCGGCGUGUGCUGAAUGCGGAGGCGGGGGAGACUGGGUCCAUGAGCAAGGGACCUAUUGCGAAAGACGACGACGAGCAGGUUUAA